AACUGACAGGCAACAAACAAAAGGCMAAGUUUGAUUUGAUUCUCUGCGGGCAUUGUUUCAAUGAUGUGAAAUGAUUGAAAAAGAAGGCGCUAAAAUUGACUUUAAUAUUGCAAUUAAAUAAGRGCAAACAAACAAAAGACCACAAAAGUGAGUUUUUAAUUUCCUUUUUCUUACGUGUAUUUUGUUUUGUUUUGUUUUUAAUAAAAAAUUGCUAGAAAAAAACUCUGAAAAAAGCAAACUAAAGAACUGUCAUUGRURAUUUUUAUUUAUGGAAURARAUAGCACAUAAUGAUUAUUUCACCGGKKUUUUUCGUCAAAACGACAGCCAUUUUUCAGCGAUUUUCAAGAAUUCUUUAACACUGUCAAGUACGUGGUGCUAACCCAAGUUAUUAACUCUAUUUCAACUCAUGCCUUUUACGAUUAGGAAAACACUGUCAGUGAAAAAAGGAGACAAACUAAUUGACUUUUAGGCUCGUACAUUUGUCGUCUUUCAAAAUGUCGCGAAUAAUGAAAAUAGAAAGAGAGACCUAUAUGGUAUACCGAAGGUUUACGAUAUAUUUUAGAAUAUAUCUGUACUAUAAUUUUGAAAAAAAAAAAUAAGAAGAAAAGUGACUAUGACAAUUUUUUUUAAUAAUCUUGCUGAUAAUAUAUUGGCAAUAUGCAAUUGUAUAAAAUCAUUGUCUGUAAACCUUUAYUGUACAAAUGUGGACCUGUAAUUAAAAUCUAGUUGGUGUAAAAUAUGAAUAUGAUUAUGUACUAUCUAUCCAAUUAACGUUGCUCACUUGUAAAGACAAAGACAACAAAGUCAUUUGGGUAUAUCAAACUUUUAAAUUCUUUGCAAGAACAAGUACGACAGUCGGUAAUGACAAGGGUAGUGGAUUUGGACGUGGACUUUGUGACUUACAAUUGCUAUACAAAUUGCCCCUACAGCAAUGGCAGCAGUUGUAGAACGCUUUGACCGAUACAACAUAAGUGGUUCCACUGUAYAAGGAAGACAGCAAUAAGAUCGCAAUCAAAGCCAUUUAUUUUAAAGCGUUUAGAAUAAAAGACACACGAAAUGUCGAGAAAGAAAGUYGAAAUAAAAAGAGGAAAAGAAGCAAUAAAAGAGAAAAUUGAAAAUUCACUAAAUAAAAAGAAAAGUGAUAAAAUCAUAUCGGAAAGGAAGAUGAGAAUUAAAGAAAAGGGAAGAAAGAUUGUGAAAGAGACAAAACAGAAAGAAUGGAARAAAAGAAUAAAAAAGGAAGGAAUGAAAGAUGGAGAAUGGAAGCAAGGAUGGAAGGGAAGAGAAGAGGAUGGUUGAAAGGAAGGAUUAAAGGAGAGAGGGACGAAGGAAAGGAAGAGGAAGGAAAGAGAGAUUGGCUUCUAAUAUCAUGCUUCAAAUUGAGACAGUGAUAAUUUAUUUAUACUACCUGGUAUCAGGGGAUUAUUCCAACCUGCAUUAGAAAAACCUCGAAUGCUUGCAAUUACACGGAAAAAAAAUCAUUGCAAAAUUGAUAUUUUUCAAUAAUUUAUUGCCUGCAUUCCUAAUCCUAUCAUAACCUUGAGAUUUAAAACUGCCCCUUCUUUUGCUAAUUACAAAUUGUUAGCUUCAAUUUGGUCAAACACCAAAAUACUCGGUACUGGUUAUUAAACUCUUGUGAGAGAAAAAAUAUGAUUUUUAUACAACCGUGCGAUUGUUCUGUCACUGAAACGGCUUUUUAUGUAGCAAAUGAGUUUUUAUUCCUUUUGCAGAUUAUCUAAUCUAAUUUUACUGGAUUUCUUGGCCAAAAACAUGGCAUAUGUAAGUGUUACUUUGGCCUACUAAACAAAACGCAUUACCAUUAAUUGUGACUUUUGCAUUUUAAAAUAACAUGUGCUUGCUCAGUUAUUUAUMCAUUUUACAAAGAAACUUGUGGUUAAAAGUCUUAAAUAUCAAAAAUUACGGAAACUUUAUCAUAAAAGAAGCGGUUUGUCUACUUAAGAUACAAUUAGCCAAGAAGAUAACAAUAAUACAAGAAUUGUGUUUGAUAAGAAAAUUCUACAUAUUCAGUUUUUUAAGGAAAUGGAUUAUGAUUCUAAGACGAGAUUGGACUGUGUCUGAGUACUUCUACCAUUCCAAAGUUAUUGGUCACAUUAAAAUGGAGUUGUUUUCGAUAAAAAAUUGUACAUAUUGAAUGACUUAAGCAAUGGGGAGUAAUGUAUGUAACAGUAGGUWAUUUUACACAAAAUGCAAUCGACAAUAACAAAGUAAAAUUUUUAUGACGCGACCAAACUUGGUAAAACAGAUUUUUUUGCGAAAAGGGUGUUGAAGAGUAACACGAAAAAAAAAAAAACAACAACAAACCAAAAAUAUUUAAGACGGCAUGGCUUGUUUUGGUACACUUUGUCAAAAAACAAUCGACURAGGUAUUAAUCCAGGAGAGUGGAAUAUUUGCUUCUUAUAUUCACCUUUUGAAACAUUUUAAAGGCGUGAAUUGUUUACUUUAAAAGUAAUUGUGAACUACUUUUAAUAAUUCUAUUAUUUGUUUUGUUAGUGUUCAUAUUUUACCGUACAAAAAGGAAAGUUAAGAGUUAUCAAAAUACUGAAAGGAAACAAUAGAAUAGAAGUUGAAAGUGAUAAAAUUGAUAAUAACGAGAAGACGAUAGAUGAAAAUGAGAAAAACGUAAAUCUAGCAAUUAUCGAGUUGUAUAUUGUUAUGCUUCAGUUGGUGUCUUAAUAGUCGUUUUAUUGCACCAAGACGACUUUAAUACUACGAGAAAAUUCCAAUUUCUGUGUGAUAGCAAACAGUUAUUCUGCGGUCUAAAACAAGUUAUCGAUGAGACAAUUUGGCUGACGAAGAACUCUAAAUAUGUACAGCGAAAAUCUAAUCCAAUUAAAUCCAACGUAGAUUAUUUCUAAUUUCAGUGGAUUGCCUACCUAAAACACUGCAUAUUUUAAAAGUAUCGGUUAUAUUAAUAAACCAAAAACCCAAAUCUCAAACCUAUGUAGACAACCUUGAAAACCAAAGAGGAAAAAAGGUUACAUGUAUUGUAGUUCUGCGCCUAGCGGAUACAUAUGAACCAAUACUACAUUUUGUCCGAUUUGCCUAACAAGAAUCCUUUGUAUCUCAUGAUUAAUUUAUUAUCGCACUGGCUAGCUGCUUGACCACAACAGCGAAUGGUAGCCACGGGACGGAGGCUAGCAUGAUGUCUUUUUGCAAGAAAACUUGAAUUUCAACGUCGGUCGAGCAUAUUUGCAACCCCCCUCUCGAUCAGUUGUCAAGUUGUAAUUGUUAAUAAUCAUUACAGACGAUAGUUCGGUGAGGUAGCAAGCAGCUGUGAAUCGUCCAAGGUGAUACAAGUCACUGAAAGAGAGCCUACGUUAUAAAUACACUCACAUCUGGGAUAGCCUAAUCGGGGUUAYAUGUUCCUCUAGGAUGGUGGGCCUCUUAUUUAUUAUCGCCUUGCUUGRGAUGACUAGUCGAACCUUGACCCAAGAGGCUACGCAUUUCAACCAUCUGGAGAAGCUCCAAAACGACUUGUUUUCAAACUACAGCAAAAAUAUCAUCCCACAGAAGCACAAGAAUAUCCCGAUCAAGAUUCGUUUCGAUAUAGCKUUAAACCAGAUUAUUGACCUGGACGAACGUCUUCAAACUAUUUCAACAAUUGUGUGGGUGAGACUGUACUGGUCUGAUUUCCGACUGCGGUGGAAUGGUACYGACUAUGGUGGUAUCAAAUCAUUUGUGACGUCAUCAAGGAAACUAUGGACGCCGGACAUUACUYUAUAUAACAAUGCAAACGAUAACUAUGACAAAGAAAAAGAAGAGUACUACGGUCUUACUGUAAACGAGGAUGGCGGUAUUGGAUGGUUUUAUCCUACGAUAUUCAAAAGUUCAUGCACUAUAGACGUGACUUACUUUCCAUUCGAUGAUCAGAACUGCACGCUAAAAUUUGGUUCAUGGUCAUAUCAUGGCCUCGCUUUGGACAUCUUUCACGGUGGCCCGGGUGACACAAAGUCAUUUAUCGAUAAUGGAGAGUUCGUUCUUGUGGGAAUGCCAGCAACAAAGCACAUUACAAAAUACAGAUGCUGUCCGGAGCCUUACACAUACUUAACGUAUGACAUUAUCAUACGUCGAAGAACAAUGUAUUACAUUCUGAAUUUCCUAACUCCAUGUGUUCUUAUGUCUGCGUUAACAAUUCUCGGCUUCUUCCUUCCCGUGGAGUCGGGAGAGAGGAUGAACGUAGGGGUCACCGUGCUGCUGUCGUUAACUGUCAUCCUCCUACUUCUUGCCGAAGAGCUUCCGGCCACUUCCGAAGUCGUUCCGUUGAUAUCCCGAUACUAUACGAUUACAAUGGUUAACGUUUUUAUAUCGAUUGUGUUUACAUGUGUGGUGUUGACUUUUCAUCACCACGCRCCGACGCCUCUCCCUGCUUGGGUCCGGUUGGUCAUUUGCAAGUGGUUGGCGAAUAUCCUUAGAAUCAAACGCCCCAAGAAAGAAGAAAGCGAUUUCAAAAGAUUAUUCGGGAGCCGUAAAAAGAGAAAUUCACUAACUAGCGACACYGAGGAUAACCUUUGCAACGAUGAUAUCUCCGAAGUCGCAGGCAACAACCAUAUAUUACACGGCAAYGACAAGGGAUCAAAUGUUGUUAUCUUUCCUUUAAAAAGAACUUCAAACUCAGAGGAAAGGCACGCAGCUUUCAGACGACGUAUGACUAGUCCAGACAACACGCCAGCCAACGGUCUGGAUGUGCUUAUCUAUCGCGCCCGUCAGGACGAAGAAAAAGAACAAUACCGCGAAGAAUGGCGCUUUGCUGCGCAUGUUYUGAAUCAAUUCUUCAUGUGGAUUGUUUUGCUGUCAGUUCUUUUGAAUUGCUUCGCGGUGAUUGUUACAGCUCCAUCUGCAAACUUAGGAACGUAGCGAAUCAUAUAUGAGUGGGAUAUCGUUUUGGAGUAUGUCCAUGAGAAAGAAACAGCAGCCUUUGAGCUAACACUACAAACAGCAGUAAUAGAAGUAACGAAAAGUGCAAAAAAAAGUUAUAUCGUCUUGGAGGAAGACUCCAUCGACAAGAAAGAUCAGUGUUGGAGUUUYAACUACAUCAAUAGGAUCAURUGGGAAAUUUUGCUUUGAAAGAAAGACUUCAAAAAACUACAAUGUUGAUGCUASAGCAACAUGGAGCAUCAUUGGAAGACUCUAUACAAUAGGGAGAUAAAGAAGGCAGCUACAUCACUUGUACGAAUAUUGAAAUAUUGARUUAGGGAUAUACGCACGUGGUAUUCUUAAGGCAAUUACGUUAAGGGUUUUCAAUAGUUCAUUAAGACAAACAUUUACACGUCGUUUCAGUGUUACAAUAGUAGUAAAUAUUUUUACAGCCUAGAAUUCGCCUAAUACAUGUGGGAAAGGAUUCCCGUCAAUAAGCUCAUUAAAGGACCAUCACCAACCGUGAUGYAACGCGGUCGUGGUUUGAUUUUUCAUAUACARAAAAUCGGCCAUUUUGACUUCAAAUAUCCGCUUACAUUCUGUUUCCAUCGGUCGGUUUUAAGAGGGAAUCUAUCGAUUUCUCCAUUYAUAGAGUAUAAAGGGAUAAUGAAGAGUAAGUUUUUGCUCAUCCAAAGAUGUAAUUUCMAGAAUAAUGAAAAAAUCUCGGAUGGUAAUGGCCCUAUGAUGUUUCUUUUCUGCACUGAAUGAUUCUUAUCCAGUGGGUAGCACUAUUCCCAAACGUAUAGCUUCCCUAUGAAGCAAUCUCUUACUGGAAAUACAAUUUUACUGCGUUGCAAAUUAAAGAAUCUCAUUUUCCSAUCGUGAAAAUAUAAUGAGUUAUUUCAGUAAGAGUAACAGUUUGCUUCUCACUAUACGUAUCCUAUCGAAUACAAGCUUCUAGAGUAAAAUUAAGAGCUUAUGAUAAGUUGACUGCAUAAGCACUGCGCAUGCGCCAUUUUCUAAAGCAAAGCAUCAUGGGAAAUGAAGUUCUCACUAUCAGUUUUUGUGUUUCCUUCAUUAAAACGGCAAAACUACUUGCAUUUUGGCAAAGAAAAUACAAAAACAGAACGAGGACAAAGUAUGCAUUUCUUGAGAAAAAGCUUCGCCGCAUAAACCGUGAAACAAAGAUUUUUUUUUACCUCGUGAAACGUUAUGUAAUAAACUCCGUCUCAAACGCUGAAACUCACAUGAAAAGAAUUCAAUUCUAAAAUGAUGAGAAAAAAACUGAAACAGAGGGGGGAGGAUGGGAGUAUUCUUACAUUGACUUCGAUACAUGUGAAGUUCGUUGUUUGAGACUAACUUAAAGUAUUCAAAGUAAAGAACAGAAAACGCCCAUUCUUGUAAUGUCUACCAUCCUCGGAAACCCAAGUGUCGUGAGGGCCAGGGGUUGGUGUGAGAGGAAUGGUCUUCCGAGGAUGGAUAUUUAGUUUCUGCAAAUAAAAAAUACACUAGAAAUAGAUGCAUGGGAAAAUAUAAUUAUUAUCAUGAUGAUUGUACAGUUAGUCUAUUAAUAUCAAUAAUAAUAACAAUAUAAUGUAAUUAAUAUAGAUAUAUAAAUAUAAAGACAGAUAUAUUUAAUAGGUAUUGAUGGAAUUCUAAAUAAAACAAGAGCUGGUGAUUUGUAUCAAGUCUGGGAAGCAAACUAAUGAUAAUUAAUAUCAAUAAUAAAAAGAAUACUAAUAAAGAAUUAAUAGUAAUCCAUGAGCUUAUUUCAUUUUGUUACACAGUCUAGAGUUAAAAUGCUUAAAACGUGAAACAGUAUUAGAGUGAGGCCAUUAAACCCGUGA